UUCCGAUCGUAACAUCUAGGCAGUGUCAAAAAUGAACUAAUCCAAAUUUACGUAGAAGCAAAUAAACCAAAAAAAUGCCCAAGUCAAAAACGCAAGCAAGAUUAGUGAAGGCUCCAGCUCCAGUUCGCUCCAGUCGACCUGGUCGCGUCCAAAAAAGCGAGCCUUCGCCAUCGCCGCCGUGCAGGACAAGCCUCCUCGAUUUGCCGGAGGACAUAAUCCGACUGGUGCUCGAUUUUCUGCCCAAGAUGACCGACAAGGUUCUGCUGGCCUGUGUGGCGCCCAAGUUCCGGGCGGCCUUCGAGGGCUGGGCGCGAGUCCAACGAAAUCCCUUGGACAUGGACAGCCUGGAGUCGGUGCCUCUGCCGCAGUUGAUACGGUUCUUCAAGGUGGCGGGACCUUUCAUCAGAGUCCUGCAAGUGGACUGUGCGUCCUUCCAAAAGGAGUCGCUGCUGGCGGAGUUCGUAAAGGAGUACUGCCCCAAUCUGGAGGAGAUCAGCUACUCGAACGCCACCGAUGAGUUCCACUACCGAUCGAUUAUGUCCAAAAUGACGCAUUUGAAACGGGUCACUAUUGAGUGCUUGGAUGCAGAGGAUGUGCUCAACUUCGAUCUGCAGCCCAACCAGGAGCUGGAGUUUUUCGAGCUGGUUAAUGGUUGCUAUACAGGCAAAAACCUCUGCGGGUUUCCCAAUCUCAGAACCUUGGUCCUGCGAGACUGUCUGUUAUGGAACUCUAUAGACUUUGGAAUACCCCUUAAGUCGCUGCACACUUUAGAUCUGGACGACUGUUGCUUCGAGGUCAUGAAUGAGAGCUUGUACCAGAAAAUCGCGGAGAGUUGCUCGAACUUGGUGGAACUGCUCUUCUCCGGCUGCGACACCAACUUCGAGGUGAUUGCCCACCUGCCCAAGCUGGAGCGCUGUACCCUGAAAACCUGGAUGACCUCCAACGAGCUGAAUAUGGGCUUCCUCAGUGUCCUGGCAGAGAAGCGAGGAAGCAAGCUGACGCAUCUGCACUUGUCGGGUCAGUUCCAGAUCACCAAUGAGCACGCCAGGUGCUUGGGGCAGUUGAGUAGCCUCACGGAGCUGCGGUUCAGCAACAACGAUAUCCUGGAUGAUGACCACUUCAAGUUCUUCAACGAGCUCAUCCAGCUGGAGCGCUUUGGGCUGACUUUGUGCGGUCGGGUGAUGGACAUUGGAAUGACGAGGAUGCUGCGCAAGUGUCUUCUCUUGAAGGUGAUUGAUUUGAACGACUGCGAGCAGAUCACCGAGGGGUUCGUGGUCAACGCCAUUGGACUCUGCUCCAAGGGACCAGGUCGUGAUGUUGUGCUCAACGUGAAGGGAACCAGGAUCAGGCCGACCAUAUUGACGCAUCCGGACUACGUAGAUUCCUUGAAUCGUGUGAGGGUCAACUUCAAUUAAAACGACUAUGGUGGGACACACUUUGGUAAGACUUAAUACUCCUCAUAAUAGCUUUACCGAGUUCUGGGUUGCAAAGGAAUUGAUUCUUGUGAAAUAUGAAAUAUUUAAAUGAGUUCUACUAGUAAAAACCAUGCCGGAAAAGAGUGUGAGUAAUAUUUGGAAUACAUCUGUGAAAAGCUAAGGAACCAUGGCUGUGAUUUCCGGAUUAGGAAAAGCCUUUUGUGGGGCGCACUUUCAAUCAAACUGCCAUCCAUAAGUGGGCCAUUCGAUGGCCCUGGACCGCGGAUGCCCCAGACAAUGGAUCCUCACUGGACUGAGUCAUGGUCCAGAGGCUGCCAUAAGGAAGUGGACGCUCAUGCUCACACUGCUCCAUUAGCACGCCGAUAAUUGCGCACUCUGGGCCUUUGGCUGUAGUACGGGUAACAAAUGGAAGCUGGCCCGUCAAGCGGCUAACAAGCCAAACGAAUAAAACCGAAAUCAAACAAUGCGAUAUUCGAUACAGUUCUGAAUUGAAUUCAAUUCGAUUCGAGCGAUCGAUCGCCGGCAAUAAAUUUCGCAUUCAAUUGCUGCUCCAUGGGAUCUGAACUUUGUUGCUCUGGCCGCUGAUGUCUGUGUUAGCAGCAGGAAGCUAAG